CAGCGAAAAUGCGACAUUUUAUGUCGGCUGCCAACGGCUGAAAAGUGACAUAAUUGACUCGGGAACGUCACAGACCUCAUCAUCGAUCGCUUUCUCUGGUUAAAAGUGCAAGAAUAACUUCGCUGUUUUUAUCUCAACCGGUGGAUAAUCCUUAUAGACUUGAGAUAAUGUUUUUUCUUGUGCUCCUUAUUGCAAUUGUGCUUGUGGCCAUCGUCUUGUACUUGCCCUAUGCCUCUGGUUUAGCUACUUACAAAGUCGAGAAACCAAAGAGAAAAACCGAUCCAGUUGCAGUAGCAAAGAAACAUGACGAUUACGACCAGUUUGGAUAUGUUCCUCCAGAUGAAGUAGAACAGGCUUCUUCCACGUCCAGCUCUGUCAGAGCCCGUGCUUCAGCCUUAAAGGAAAAGAUCAAUGUCACUCCAGACGACAUUCCGUUGAAAAUCAAAUUGAAUACACCAGAGGCCUCCGGUUUGAGAAGAAGAGGAAAGGAAAAGUUGGAUCUUGAUACCGAUCCAAACAACUACGAUUACGACAUCGACGAUUUGAUAAACGAAGAGAACGAAAUUGCUGUUAAGGAGCAACAACAGGAUUUUUACAGGAACCAAGAAAUCGGAAAGGAGAAAGAAGAAAUGGUGUAGCCAUCUUUCUAGUCAAAUUGUUUCUGAACUUUCCCCAUUUUCUGCAUAAUUAGCUAUAUGCUGAAAUCAUAGUAACAUUCAACAUCCACAUAAUGUACAUACUACCUUAUAGUCGUCAAUAUAGUUAAAAAAGUAC